AUGGCCCGUGAGGUCUACUCAGGAGUUCUGAUGGAGGAUGACGGUAAUCCUGUCACCUUGACCACCGUGGCACUGAAGGCGGAGCUGUUCCAGUUCCUCACGGACACCCAUGGACCCAAGGACAAGUCAAAUGUCCUAAAAGUUCAUAAAGCAUCUUUAACGCCAACAGGAAUAAUCCUUCAGUUUGGUGUCUUUGUGGAUUCCUAUGGAAGGCGCAGUCGGACAGAGGACCUGAAAUGGAAUCGCUUGCCUUUGGCUUUUGCCUACAGAGAGCCCUACCUGUUUGUGACCCAUGUCAAUUCUCUUGAAGUGAUUGAGAUUCAGGCUCGUGCUUCUCUAGGUACUCCUGCACGAGCCCACUUGGAUAUCCCAAGUCCUCGGUAUCUGGGGCCAGCAAUUUCAUCGGGGGCAAUUUAUCUGGCCUCCUCCUAUCAGGACAAAUUAAGAGUUAUCUCCUGUAAGGGAAAUUUGGUGAAGGAGUCCAAUGAUGAACACCACAGAGGAUCCUCCACUACACACAGUAGCCCUAUUAAUAGAGGUCCUCCCACAUAUAAUGAGCACAUAACCAAGCGGGUAGCAUCAAGCCCAGGACCACCAGAAGGUCCAAGCCACCCUCGAGAACCAAGCACACCACAUCGGUAUCGAGAGGGAAGGACAGAGCUGCGCAGGGACAAGUCUCCUGGGCGACCACUGGAGAGAGAGAAAUCUCCAGGAAGGCUUCUGAGCACCCGCAGAGAAAGGUCCCCUGGAAGAUUGUUUGAAGAGAGCAGCAGGGGGCGAACGCUUGUGGGAGGUGCAAGAACUCCACUCUCACAAGUCAAUAAGGUCUGGGACCAAUCGUCAGUAUAAGUCUCAGCUAGACAAACUUACUCCUCGUGAUCUGCAGGAUAAACAAAGGACAUGUACUGAAUAUAUGUACUCCAUGCUUCUGCUGCCUGGUUACCAAAACAACCUUAUUGGGCCAGAACUGACACUGCAUCAGGAGACACAUGACUCUAACAAGGAUUGUCUGCCUCUCAGUUUAUUCCUCUGCACCUUCCUGCAGUCAUACUGUUUGCACUUUGUACUACUGUUACUCUUUCAAGCAGUUCAUAAACUUUUUGUACUCUAGCUUUAGUCCUUAAUAGUUCAUCAAGGAAAUCAAAUGGGAUGAGGAUCCCAGCCCAAAUCUUAAUGUGGUUAGCACCAUUUACUGGAAUGCGUGAGGGCCUUGUAAAUGGCAAAGCCACAGUGACUUGGUUGCAGUAGACAGCAUCACUAGAUAGGCUCUACAGAACUGGAGAGAAAAUCUGGAUCUGUUUGUUUUAGGGCAUGGGGGCCUGUAACCAUCUAAUCAAGGGAUCUGCCCUCCUUCUCCUCCAUCUGAACAGACCUGCACUGGAGCAAUUUGAAUGAGAACAAAAGAGAAUGAGCUUUAAAUGUGGGAGUGGAACAAAGUGCAUUGUCUCUGACAUUCUAGGGUAUGAGACUUUUGACCCAGGUUUUCUGCAUGGCAAUUGACUGCAUGCUGCUGCACCAUCACUCUGGCUACUCUCUCGUUUUAGGUUGCUGUGUUAAGUAUUGUCUUGUACCUCACCUGUAAAUUAAUUGAAGUCCUUAGAUCAUGCUGCAAAAUGACCACCAUGAUUUACUGGAGAAUUAGGCACAGAAGAGAGUGUUACAAUCCUUAUUGUAUGACAAGGAAUCACUGUCCUUCACCUUCAUGUCACCCCAGUAUCAACCAUGACCCCCUUCAGGCUAUGUCUAGACUACACUGGUCUAUCAGA